AUGGACGACUACCACGACGAUGAUGUGCACAGCAACUACGGAUAUGAAGAUGACGAGUACGACGACGCCGCGGAUGACUGGGAAGCCGAGGCCGCAGAGGAAGAGCAGAGGGCCGUCGCCGAGGAGGCAGCUCGACAAGCCCGCUUGGAAAAGAAGCUGGCCACGCGUGCUCCGGUGAAGAAGGAAGAGGAGGAGGAGGCAGUACCAGAGGAUGUGGAGCGCGCGAUGGCUGAUAUGCGGCAGGUGGCCAACGACAUCGCCUCGGGUAGUGCUCUUCUCUCCGGAGGAGAUUCGGAGGAGCUGAUUGGAAACCAUAAGCUGGCUUCAGAUGCGGAUGUUGAGCGGGUAGGCACCAUGAUUGCAGACCGUCUCACGUCCUUUUCCGACUCCGGCCACUACGACAAGCUGAUCGUCGAAGUUUUUCAGCGCUUGACCAACCACCUGACAAGCACGCAUCUCCUGAACGAGGAAGCAGACAGGGUACACCGUCUGCGCGAGGAGCUCAAGCGCGCAGCGAAGGCAAAGCUGAAGCCGGUAGAGAAGGCGCCUGUUACGCAGAGCGGCCUCGAUCUCGAUAACUUCGAGGACAGGGGUGGCGCCGCCGUCGCGGAUAACGAAGACGAGACGGGCUGGUAG